AUGGGAUACGUAGUCUGCAGCGAUGAGGCCAACGAGCAACUUUUCCGAUUCAACGUGCCUAUUCCCUAUAGUGGUUCUUCUAUAAUCGGUUCAGCUAAUGAUAUGCUUUUGAUGUGGGAUAUAUGGCGUGAUAUUCUUUUUACAUUCAAUCCAAUUACUCGUAAUUACAUCAAGCUUGAUCCUCUGCCUACACCUAUACGAGAUGGAUUCGCUUUUGGAUUUGGAGUGAGCAAAUUAAGUGGACAGUAUAAGAUUUUAUAUGUUAAUCGAAAUAGGUCAUAUUUUGUACAUAAUCUUCUAGGACAAGGAAAAGGAGGGUGGAGAAACAUCUCCCCUCCACCAGAGUGGAUUUAUGAAGUUCGCGAUGAUAAAGCUGUAUUUUUGAAUGGAAAUCUUCAUUGGUUGGCAUAUGAUAUCGUGUGGAAUCCCGUGUUAUGUUGCUUUGAUCUUGAAACCGAGCUCUUCACUAGUUUUUCUCUUCCUAUUGAAAUUGAUGAUUAUUUUCAGAAGAUAUGUGUUUUGGGGGAUCAUUUAUGUGUAUGUGAUCAUCGUUCACGCGAUCGGGCUGUCAUUUGGUUGAUGAAGGACUACGGAGCCAUUUGA